GAUUUCCGCCAGUCCUUACGUAAACGCCAGCCAAAACAUGGGCCCUGUUUCCGGCAACCAGCGCGCGCCCGGUGCUUUCGACUCUACCCGUUGCGUAAUGACGUCCUUUUCCCGCCAUCACUGAGUUGGUUGAACGCGUUAUUGGGGAGCUGCGCAAUGGCCGGAGUAGAAGACUGGAUUAGCGCUCCGCUCGCUGUGGUGCAGGGUUUAUUCUCAGCUCAGAGACAGGCGAAUGGAGACUGGGAGAAGAACGUUACCGACUACUUCCAUGAUAAACUACAGGGGAAUCGCUCUGCCGCUUCUGUGCCGUGUCUCAAUGACGUCCCCCUGCAUUACCUGAAGCCAAACAGCCUGGUGAGGUUCCGCUGCAUGGUGCAGGACAUGUUCGACCCGGAGUUCUACAUGGGGGUCUAUGAAACCGUCGAUACAAACACCAGCGCCAGAGUUCUGCAUUUCGGGAAGUACAGGGAUCUGGCCGAGAGCCUGCCGCAGCAGGAGGUGGAUCUGGACUCUCGUCGCAACGUAACCUGCGAGAGACAAACCUUCUACUGUGUCCCGGUGCCGGGGGAAUCCCCGUGGGUGAAGGACGCCUACACCUGCUCCAGCCAGGCAAGGGCCUGCGCCUCCACCUCCUACACCCCCAGUCGGCAGAAGAGGAGCUACGAGGAAGAUGAGGACGUCGGCCCAUGUAAGGAACAUCCCACAUUAGUGCGGCAGCAAUUGGUACGGCUCACACGGGGGUAUUUAUCUAUCUGUCGUCCCCACGCAGGUGACACUCGCACUUCCCAUGGACUAGGGGAACCAAAACGAUUGGAGACUGAAGCUGCGGGACUUCAGCAGAACCAACCUUCCAGCUGCUCUUCUGCCCCCGACCUGAACUUCCCUCUACCCGGCGAGAAAGGACCUGCCUGUCUCAUAAAGGUGUAUGAGGGUUGGGACAGCUUCAAGGUGAACGAUAUUAUAGAGGUGUAUGGAAUCUUAUCAGUGGACCCUGCUCUGAGUGCGGUGAAUGAGGACAGAGAUGCAGUGUCUGCCCUGCUGGACCCGUCUGAUAACAUGGAAACCCUGGAGGAACAACGUGCUCACUGCCCUCCCGCCUCCCUGGUGCCCAGAAUUCACUCCGUUGUUACAUGGAAACUGCAACACAAUAACCCCCUGCUGCCCGGCACCCUCCAAGGCACAGAGGAGAGCAAGCUGUUUGUCUCCAACCUCCUGUGUGAAGUGUCAGCUGUGAGGGCCGAGCUCCUGGGCUUCCUGUCACAUGCGCUGCUUGGGGACAGUCUCGCUGCCGAGUAUCUCAUUAUUCAUCUCAUCUCUACAGUAUAUGCUCGGAGGGACGUGCUUCCCCUGGGAAAGUUCACGUUGAACCUCAGUGGCUGCCCCAGGAACGGUAUCUUUUCAGAACUUCUGUACCGAAUCCUCCAGCAGAUUGUCCCUGCGGCUCACUACCUCCCAAUGACCAUAGAGAACAUGAACAAGCUGCGCUUCAUCCCACACAAGGAUUACAAUGCCAAUCGUCUCAGGAGUGGUCUCUUGCAGUUAUCGGCUCACACGUCUCUGCUGCUGGACGAGACUCUGCUGGAGCAGGGACAGCUAGACACUGCAGGGGUGCACAAUGUGACCGCACUGGGAAACCUGAUCACUUGGCAAAAGGUGGAUUAUGACUUCAGUUACCAUCGGAUGGAAUUCCCCUGCAACAUUAAUGUCCUUGUCACAUCCGAGGGGCGCUCUCUACUCCCAUCAGACUGCCGAGUCCACUUACAGCCGCAGAUGACGCCUCCGAAUCUGGAGCAGUACAUGGGGGCUCUUCUCAGCGCUUCUCUACCCUCCCUGCUCAACAAAUUCCGCAGCUACAUCGGCCUCCUGAGACUCCUGGAUUACAGCAUCUCUGAUGAGAUCACAAAGGCUGUUGAAGAUGAUUUUGUGGAAAUGCGUAAGAAUGACCCGCAGAGCAUUAGUGCUGAUGACUUGCACCGGCUGCUGGUUGUUUCCAGGUUGUUGUCACUGAGCUCAGGUCAGACGACUCUCUCCAGGGAAAUGUGGCUCAGGGCAAAGCAGCUGGAACAGCAGAGGAAAAGCCGAUUCCGAGAGCAGAAACACGUGAAUGGGAAUGAACUUUAGGGGUUUCACUCCUCCACACGGUGCUGUGCCUGGAUAAAGGGGACCUUGUCUGCUUCUUUGUUUUCAGCCUGAUACCUGCAUGUGGCACCCUGUUCUGCUCAGAUCUUCCCUGUGCUCUGCCCAUGACUUACUCAAGGACUUUUUUUUACGAAACCGGUUUUGUAAAUUUUGUAAUUCCAACAAGCGUAACGGAAAUUUGAUAUUAAAUUGUUAACAGCUAAUAAAUUAACUUUCUUCA